UGGAAGGCAGAGAAAUUUUCUGCAGCACAUGCGCUCAAAAACACAUAGAGAUGGAGGCAGCCAUGAGAGUUCAAGGGCGGGCUUGGCAUCUUGCACUUAUUGGCCUGUUACUAGCAGCAGCUGCAGCAGAAUCAACUCCAAUUGCCAAGCCUGGUUGUCAAGAUAUAUGUGGGAACGUUAGUAUCCCAUAUCCAUUUGGCACAACAGAAGACUGUUAUUUCAAUGAAGAUUUUUUCAUAAAUUGUACUUCGUCUGAUCCUCCACGAGCAUUCUUAAGAAGAAGCAAUAUAGAGGUCAAAAACAUAACUCUUGAAGGGAAAUUGCCUAUUAUGCAAUUUAUAGCCCAUGAUUGCUACAAUAAGUCGGGUUCUCCAGUUGCCAAUAAUGAUCCUUUCCUCAGUCUAUCCAGGUUCAUUAUCUCGGACACUGAUAACAUAUUUGUUGCUGUUGGCUGUGACACUGAAGCAACCAUCCAAGGUAUCCAAGGGGAAAAGGGCUACACCACCGGGUGCAUAAGCAAAUGUGACAGCAUCGACUAUGUAGCGAAUUAUACAUGUUCUGGCAUAGGCUGUUGCCAGACAUCCAUUGCUAAAGGUGUAAGCUACUUUAACAUAUCAGUAGGCAGCUACAAUAAUCACAAUGAUGUGUGGGAAUUCAAUCCCUGCAGCUAUGCCUUUGUUGUUGAAAAAAAUAAGUUUAAUUUUACUUCAAGUUAUCUUCGUGAUUUGCAUGAUGUAGAAAUGCUUCCUAUGGUGCUUGAUUGGUCUAUUGGGAAUGAGACAUGUAAAACUGUAGAAGCCAAAAUUAUGCGUUAUGCAUGCCAAGGAAAUAGUACUUGUUAUGAUGUGGACAAUGGUUCUGGAUAUCGUUGCAAGUGCUUUGAAGGCUAUCAAGGAAAUCCAUACCUACCUAGUGGUUGCCAAGACAUAGAUGAAUGCAAGGACCCUAAUCUCAAUAACUGUGAAAAGAUCUGCGAAAAUACAAAAGGAAAUUACACAUGUAAGUGCCCCAAGGGUUACCAUGGCGAUGGAAGAAAAGAUGGUGAAGGCUGUGUUGCCAUUCGAUCGCGAUCACUUGUUGUUGAGCUGACUGUUGGGAUUGGCGUAGGCAUCACAAUACUGCUAACAGGUAGCACUUGGUUGUUUUGGGCAUUCAAGAAGUGGAAGCUUAUCAAACUCAAAGAGAAGUUCUUCCGGAAAAAUGGGGGUUUGAUGUUGCAGCAAGAACUCUCCAGGCGGGACUAUUCCACUGGAACGGCUAAAAUUUUCUCAGCUGAAGAGCUUGAGAAGGCCACCAACAACUAUGAAGAAAGUAGGAUUCUUGGUCGAGGAGGUUAUGGAACAGUAUACAAAGGGACUCUUACAGAUGGGAGAAUCGUUGCAAUCAAGAAGUCACAGGUUGUCGAUGAAAGCCAAAUUGAUCAAUUCAUUAAUGAAGUGGUUGUGCUUUCGCAAAUCAACCACAGGAAUGUGGUAAAGCUUUUAGGUUGCUGCUUAGAGACUGAAGUUCCAUUACUAGUUUAUGAAUAUAUUACUAAUGGCACUCUCUUCGAGCAUAUCCACGACAAAAGCAAGACAUCUUCCAUGACUUGGGAAACCCGGCUAAGCAUAGCUGCAGAAACUGCAGGAGUGCUAUCAUAUUUGCAUUCCUCAGCCUCCACACCAAUCAUUCAUAGGGAUGUGAAAUCUACCAACAUACUCUUAGAUGAUAGUUACACAGCAAAAGUAUCUGAUUUCGGAGCUUCAAGGUUGGUUCCACUAGACCAAGCCGGGUUAUCAACAGUGGUGCAAGGGACUCUAGGCUACUUGGAUCCUGAAUACUUGCAUACAAGCCAAUUGACUGAGAAAAGUGAUGUUUAUAGCUUUGGAGUUGUCCUUAUUGAGCUACUGACUGGACAAAGGGCACUUUCCUUUGAAAGACCAGAGAAGGAGAGAAAUCUUGCUAUGUAUUUCGUUUCUGCUUUGAAAGAAGAUCGUUUGGUACGUAUUCUUGAAGAUUGUAUAGUGCAUGAAGCGAAGAGUGAGCAGCUUAAGGAAGUUGCUAACCUUGCAAAGAGGUGCGUAAGAGUGAAAGGGGAAGAAAGGCCCACAAUGAAGGAAGUGGCAAUGGAACUGGAGGGACUGAGAAUAAUGGUAAAGCAUCCGUGGGCCAAUGAUGAGUUGAAUUUAGAAGAGACAGAGCAUUUGCUUGGUAAACCAUUUGAGAAAGGUGGUAGUAGUGGUAGUAUGAAUGCUACCUAUGAUAGCAUGAGAAAUCAUGUAUUGUUACAAGUUCGUGAUGGAAGAUGAAUAUUCUUUCAUGUCAGGUUUUCUAUAAUUACCCCAACCAAUUUUUUGGUGUGAUA